AUGGCUAUUUGUCAGAGUUUAUCCGGUAUCGGAUUGCAAUGGGUUAUAGAAUACCUCGGCCCUCUUGCAGAAGUGGAGGGUUGCCAGAAGGUCCGGCUGGGGAGGAAGGUUGAGGAUCCUGAGCAGGCUGCCUUUAUUGUCCCCCGUAACGAAUUAGUUUGGAAGUCAGCGGAUGCCUUGAAGAAAUUCCAGCACUCUUCCGCCUGUCGCGAGCUUCUGCGGGGACUGGGCUAUGAGAGUAAAUCCCCUUUGCAGCUUCUGAGCCUGCAGUGGGAUAACGGCUCUUGCCUGGGCGAAGAAAUGCGUCGGGGUGAUGAUUUAUGCGGCCGUAUAUUGCUCACAACCCUUGUUAUACCAUAUAUUGGUAUCCAGGACUGUGAAGUAUGGCGCCGCGUGCUGUUCGAUGCGUUUGGCGUAUUCAUACCCAAGGGCUGUGAGGUUCUCCACGGUCCCUGA